AACAGAAACACCUCUGUAUAAACACUAUAAUCUUCAUGAAGGACGAUUUAUUACAGGGCUGUUGUAUUAGGCUAUAUCAAUUUUUGCUAGAUGUUCCUAAUAAAUUGUCAGCUGAGUGUACAUUAAUAAUGAUCAGCUGUGUGCACAGGCUGCAAAGAGCCUGACUGGAAUGAACUGAUUGCUUUUGGUGCUGUUUUCACCUUGGAACUGAUACUGGCUCCCUGGCAGCCUAAAGAUGUUGUUUAAUACUUUUACCAUAUAUUAUUAUUAUCAUCCCCAUAUAAGAUGUUUUACCCUCCUCUUCCCCUUUUAAAAAUGUGCCGCAGUAACACGUUUACACAGAGUACAUCACCUUUCAUCACCAGCAGUGAGGGACCGUUUACGUGCUGACGUCACUGCAGCGUCUCCUCGCCAGUCUCUGGAGUUUCUGUUACCGCUAGAGUUUAUUGCUGCGCUAUCUGAACACAGUUAAUGUUGUUGUUUUCUUCAUUACAGUGACUAACUACCUGCUGUACAUUUACACUGAGCAGUUCUGCUCCAGCACCCACAGCUCUCUGCUGCUUAUAGCGAGUUUCACUGAUUCAGCUUUUGUUUACAUGCUGUUUAGAACUGAUUGUUACUUUAGCUUAGCAGUUAGCUCUGGCUUCUCUCUCUCUCUCUUGCUCAGUGUCUCGGACCAACAAAUUAACUUGUACAUAAGAGUGUUGUGUUUUUGUAGCUUUGUAAUAUUGUAUUGUGAUGUUUAUUACAGCUUCAGUGAUGUCUGCUGUCAUGCUGCUAACCGGAGCUACAAACAAACAGCAUGUUAGUUAUUCCUCACAGAUCCCUGAGUCUCUGGAACAUGGGGAACAAUGAGGAACUGGCUGAUGCUCGGCGAUGGGAACCAUGAGCGGGAGGCUGGAGACAACAGUCCAGACCAAGCGGCAGCUGCGCGGGAGACUUCUGCUCCUCACUGUGUUUCCUGGUCCUCUCUGUCUGAGUGAACAAUUGUUCUCAAAGACACUCAGAGGAGUCGGCGGUUCAAUUUUUUCCGGUUUCCACACUGAAAACUGAGUGAUCUGUGCCAACAGAAGGAGGACCUCAUGUACAGAGCAGCCCGUUAGUUUCCAUUCAUCUGGUUGUGGAGAAGGGAGACUGCAUGGACAUCCUUAGUUCUCUAAUGUGCUGUGAUGAUGAUGAUGAUGAUGAUGAUGCUAGAAAACCUCCCAGUUCAUCUUCCUCUGAUGAAAUGACAGAUUAACUGCUGAUGAGUUUGUUUAUUAUUCUCUGUCUUCAGUAUUCACAAGUUCAGUUUCUUACCUGCAACUUAAUUUCUGCUGUUGUCAACAGGUGUUAGCAACACUUUUAAGAACAUAAUUUAUAAAUAUUAAACUGUGAUUAAGUGAUGGAUCAUCUCUAGCACUGUCACCACCUCCACAGGUGAAAGUAUUUACCAAUUAACAUCAGCAUGUUUUUUGAUCCUUCAUUGUCAGUGUUGUCGGACAACAUUUAAAUAUUUCUAGUAUUUAUGUUGUUGAUUAAAGCUAACAUAGAAAUAGUCACAAAAUGUUGUACGUGUUACUAUUGUGAAAAUUCAUACCAGAUGUGUUCUAUAAAAACCAUCAACAAAGUUAAAGCAAGAGCUUCAUAAAUAUCUUUAUUGGACACUAUAAACUACAUUAAUUUAAACAAUUUACAUCACUGGAAACAUGUAUAAAAGAAUAAUAAAUGGAUGAAUUAAAUACUGUAGUGUACAAUUUACAAUCAACUAUUUAAAAUCAAAAAAAAAAAUUUUAAGUAUAUUUUUUGGGGCUUUUGUGCCUUUAUUGAACAGGAUAGUAGAGAGAGACAGGAAAUGGGAAGGCAGAGAGAGGGGGAAUGACAUGCAGCAAAGGCCGUCCGAUGCAGAACUCGAACCGGGGCCAACUGCAGUGAGGACUGUAGCUUCUACACAUGGAGCACCUGCUUAGACCAUGACGCCCCCCAGGAGACUGAUUUUACUAAUAACACCUGGUUAUUCCCCUAGCUGGAUCAUUACAUAAAGACUGCUAACAUACAGUGACUGGUGAGACAGCCCAAUGACUGCUUCAUAUACUGACACUAGAAACCAACAUGGCAUCAGUGAACUGAAACCUGGCUCUGUGAGCAGUCCACAGUCAGUAAGUGAAAUAGUCGGUGAGUAAAAUUUCCCAGGCUGUUGUAUCUUCUUUGCUUGCAGAAAUCAACUGCCUGGUACUGGAUGUGAGUCCUACAGCUUCGGAGGUUUUACUUUCUCAGCAAAGUGGUUCCACAAAGGGUUUAUAUCUUGAUGCUUCAUGUGAGCAGUGCAACAUCUACUGGCCUGAAUGCAAAAUGGCAAAGUACAAACAUUUGUACAUCUAAUAUUGAAUCGUUAUCUACUGAAAUGCGCAUGCUCACCAGCAUGUCCCCCCUGUUGUAAUACCACUUUGUGACACUAGACGCUGUGUGAGUCAGUGGCGCGUCAAGUCUGCCCUCAAUCCCACGAAGAAGAACAACUUCCGGCAGCGGUUGAAGUUAGCAUCACAGAAACACAGGAAUGGCUGAACCUCCUAAAAGACGAUAUUCAUCUGCAUCCUGAAGGACCGCUCCCGACAAGAAACCACGUUCAACGGCAAAGAAAAGAAGCAACACGAGUAAAUCUGGAUGUGGCUUCCCGCCGCUGGAGAAGCUGCUGAGAGGAAAGAGAUGCGGUUUGAUGCCGAGCUCGCAACUUUCCUGUUAGCCAGGAUCUGAGCCAGUACAGGUGCAAUACCGCCUCCACCUGUCUCACUAACGGCAAAGAGUCCAGACACAGUGAGGAGGGUCUAGGACCAGAAGUCCAGUCUAAUCUUCACCAAUGAUGGACCAGCACCUGCCUUUUCUUCUGCAUCUGGCCUCAUCAAUCACCAACCACAUCACAUCAACACCUUUAGGGAUGGCAGAAUCCACCUCGGGCCAGAACCAUACCUUGCCUUAACCAGCAAGAAAUGAGACCAGGAGAGGCAGCCCAGGUGACAGUUCAAGGCAGCGACGGGGAAGAACACCUCAUGUCCUGGGAAGGAGAGUCUCCAGAGCUGUCUUCUUGGACUGAACUCGGGCCCUGCAAACUGGGCCAGUGUUAGCUGCCUGGUGGAGGCCGUUUGCAACCAGCUCUGCAUCUUCACCUGGUGGCCACGUGGUCCAGAGGGACCGUGAGGACUCGGUGAUCAUUCAUUCUCAAGGAUUAUGUGGCAUCAGAGAGGCAGUGCUGGUCGGCCCCAGGUUGAUGGCUCAGACCAACAUCCAGCUUUUUGAAUUGAAUUGAGGACUCAGUGGUGCUGGCCAGACUCUCCCUUCAGCAAAGGGUCUGUCCUUGGUCCAGGUGGGACAGGGACAGACCCUUAACUUCAAUGUCCUGGAGGAGCAGCCUGGGCCCUCCAGCAGGGGUCUGCCUCCUCCUCCUCCUCCUCCUCCUCCUCCUCCUCCUCCUCCAGACGAUGAACAGCAUGGCCCCUCAUCCAGUGCUGUUGGUCCUCCCCUCGCUCCAGCACCACUCCCCUCCUCUGUUCCUCCACCUCCUCUGCCUGGACUACCUGUACCCAGGACCAGAGCCUACAGGAAGAGGAAGGUGACCUGAAGCUGCUGUGGCAGAGCGGGGGCUGCUGCCUGGAGGAAAAACCCUCCGGCUGCCAACGCCAUACAUCUCCAACAAGUGUGUCCAACCCAGAAGGAUUGACAAUGACCUCACUCACAUUGCAGGUGUGUCACACUGUGACUGUUGGUGGAAAGACUGUGGAGGAGUGGAGGGAAGAGAUGAAGAGAAGACAGGACAAUGUUUUCUAUCUUCAUUUACAACUUUUAAUUGACAUUAUUUAUAAUUAUUAUAUUUGAUUUGUUGCAGUUGGAGUGGUGUUUGUGUCAGCUGAUGUCUCAUGAUGAUGUCAGUCCAGUUUUCCCUCUCUUUGAAUAAGUCGGAUGAAGUCCAGCGACAGGUAGAAAACCACAGUUCGAAGGAUAUCAAUAACACAGCUACAGAGGGGGAAGAGGAGACUACAAGAGGGGAUGCAGCUGAGACUGAGGUGAAUAGGCCAGUCAGAGAGAGAAAUAUGGAGCAGAAAACUAGAGUAAAAUGGCCGAGGGCAAGUCGCAAGAAAGAAUGGGAGUCAGUCAAUAGAGAUUUGUCAGUAAUUUUAAGCAGACUAGGAGGAAAUGCAAGCGAUAGAUUAGAGAAGAUGGGGGAUGUAAUUUACUCCUAUGGUGCAGAAAGAUUUGGGGUGCAAGACAGAAAGAGGGUUGAAAGAGCACAGUUAGUUAAGUCUAGACGGCAAAAGGAAAUGGAGAAAAAAUUAAUUAAGGAAAGGAGACAAUUAAGAAAGCAGUGGAAAAGGGCAACAGAGGAAGAGAGGAGGGGAAUUAAUGUGUUGCAAGAAGAUUUUAGAGGCAGACUAGCAGUACUUAGAAGGGCUGAGUAUCUUAGGAAAAAGAGAAAGAAUAAAGAGUAUGUAAGGACAGCGUUUUACAGGGACCCUUUCAAGUUUGUUAAAGGAUUGUUUAACCAGGAAAAGGGAGGGCAGCUUAAGGCAACAAAGUUAGAAGUAGAAAAGUAUCUAAGAAACACGUAUUCAGAUUUUGAGCAGAAUAGAGUAGUAGGCCUUCCACCUGACAUGCCGCCAGUAGGAAAGAUAGAUCAUGAGAUGGAUGUUAGACCACCCAGGUGGAAGGAGGUUGAGGAGGUAGUCAGGCGUGCAAAGGCUUCUUCGGCCCCAGGGCCAAAUGGAGUCCCCUACCGGGUUUAUAAAAGCGCACCUGAUAUCCUAAAGUUUUUGUGGAGGCAAUUAAGAAUAGUUUGGGAGAAACAGGUUAUUCCCAGAGCAUGGCGUAGGGCAGGAGGUGUUUUUAUUCCAAAGGAGAAGGAAUCCUCAGACCUGAGUCAGUUUCGAAUGAUCUCUCUCCUAAAUGUAGAGGGGAAGAUCUUCUUCAGCGUAGUCGCACGGAGAUUAACUAGUUAUUUAGAAAGGAAUAGCUUAAUUGAUACUGCAGUACAGAAGGCAGGAAUACCAGGUUUCGCAGGAUGUUUAGAGCACACUAGCAUGAUUUGGCAUCAGAUUCAGGAAGCCAAGACAGAGAAAAGAGACUUGAAUGUCAUAUUUUUGGAUUUAGCAAAUGCGUUUGGUUCAGUGCCACAUAGCCUUAUUUGGGAGGCAUUUGAUUAUUUUAGAGUGCCUGGAGUAGUGGUUAAUUUAGUAAAAUCAUAUUUCCAAGAUAUUAGGCUGUGCCUAAGCACAGCAGGCUUCACAACAGGAUGGCAGAGGUUAGAAAUAGGCAUUAUGGCAGGGUGCACGAUUUCUCCAUUGGCAUUCACAAUGGCGAUGGAGGUAAUCAUUAGAGCUUCUAAGUGGGUUGUAGGUGGAGAGAGGCGGCAGGAUGGGAUGCGCCUUACACCAAUUAGGGCCUACAUGGAUGACAUGACGUUGAUAACUACAACGGUGCCGUGUAUGAAAAGAAUACUUGAGAGACUUAAUAAAAACUUAAAGUGGGCUAGUAUGAAAAUCAAGCCUAGUAAGUCUAGAAGUAUAUCAAUAAGUAGAGGGAAGUUAAGUGAUAGGAAGUUUGUAAUAGAUGAAGAGGAAAUUCCAAUAAUUAGGGAAAAAUCAGUAAAGAGUCUAGGUAGGUGGUACAAGGCAGACUUGAAUGACGGAGAACAGGUAGUGCAGUUUCGGAAGGUCAGCUUUUACAUUAGGAAGUGGCUAGGUGUUCCUAGAUGUUUAAGCAUGGUGGCACUGUAUGGGAAAGGCAUACUUCAGCUCCCAGUAACUAGUCUAGUGGAGGAGUUUAAAUGUACCAAGGUUAGGACAGAGCUCCUGUUAUCUGGGAGUAAAGAUGCGGUAGUUAGUAAGGUGGUUCCAAACCCAAUCAAGGGAAGAAAGUGGAAUCCAAGAAUCGCAGUGCAGGAGGCACAAGCAACGCUCAGGCAUACAGAGAUUGUGGGUAAUGUCCAAAUAGGCCGGGGAGGCUUCGGGCUUGGCCCAGGCAAACCGGUGUGGAGUAGAGCAGGUCCCAAAGAGAAGAGAAAGCUAGUUGUGGAGCAGGUUCGUAGACAGGAGGAAUUAUUAAGGGGUGCUAAGGCAGUGGCCCAGGCUAAGCAGGGACAGUGGGUGAAUUGGGAAGGUGUAGACAAGAAAAAGCUUAGCUGGAAAGAACUCUGGAGUGUGGAGGAAAGUGGUAUUAGAUUCUUGAUAGGGGCAACUUAUGAUGUACUGCCAACUCCCCAGAACCUAAAACUCUGGGUAAAUGGAGACCCACUAUGUUCAUUGUGUUCAGGUACUGCAACUCUAAAGCACAGUCUGUCAGGGUGUAAGGUUAGUCUGUCGCAAGGCAGGUAUACGUGGCGACAUAACCAGGUUUUAAAAAGCUUAGCUGCAGGAAUUGAAGAGUUACGGAGGCAGGCAAAUUUAGGAGGGCCUAAAAUAAAGAGGGUUGCAAUCAAGUUUGUUCAAGAGGGAGAGAAAGUUGGUAAGACAACAAGAAGGCAAGGCAGCUUAGAAGGUGCUUGUGAUUGGGAAAUGCAGGUAGAUUUAGGAGGAAAAGCUUGUUGUUCCCCAGGAAAUAGCCAGUACAAAGCUAAGGCCUGACAUAGUUUUGUGGUCUAGGAGUAGAAUGAAAGUAUAUUUCAUAGAGCUGACGGUUCCGUGGGAGGCCUUAGUUGAGGAAGCAUAUGAAAGGAAAAAGCUCAGGUAUGCAGAGUUAGGGGCAGAAGCAGAGCAGCGAGGAUGGAAAGUUAGGAUUUGUCCAGUGGAAGUAGGAUGUAGAGGAUUUGUAGCAAGGUCUGUUGUCUCUUUGGUGAGGGAGUUAGGAGGAAGUGGACAGAGUGUGAGGAAAAUUGUAAAGGACAUGUCAGAUGAGGCAGCAAGAUCCAGUCAGUGGAUUUGGAUGAGAAGGAGUAAUGGUAGCUGGGGGCCCAGCAGGGGGAGCACUUAGGAUAGACAGACUCUUAGGAGAAGCAAGGAAGAAAUCCAGGAAGAGGAAGUGUUUUUAAGUGGGGGGUGUGGCCUGUGUGAGCCUCUUUGAGACCAUACGGUUAGUCCAGGUGAGGUGGCCUGUA